AUGCCUUGUGCACGGUACUCGGCCGCCUCUGCGGCAGCAGACUCGGCUGCGGCCCCGGCUGCGGCACCGGCGCCGGCUUCGCCCGUGAGCCCGCCGCAGCCGAACCCCUACCGGGCUACGGCGGUGUUCGUGACUCCCGCAACACACGGGCAAAGCUUGACAUCCUUCGCACCUGGUGCUGUGGGCGCCCCGCCAACGCCCAGGGAGUUGCUGGUGUGGUUCACCCGUCGGAGAUUCGUGUUCUGGUUCCGCAGCGGUCAUGGUUCUCUGACUGCGGGCGUUUUCACGCGGUGCGGGACGAGCGUGCGUGCGGUGGUGACGACACGUCGGCUAUUGUACUAG